UGUUAUUGUUCUAAUGAUCAUUAGUAAAUAAUGCCACAAGCAGUUGAUUUGGUGACUCUUGCCGUAUCCACUGGGUCAGUACACCUUCCUGAGGGAUCACCAAACAGGGGAGAAAAGAAGAAAGUGGAGGAAUUCCUUUAUGGAGGGAGACACGCAACUAUUGCAUGUGAUCAGAGAAAUGCAUUCGGAGAUCAGCAAGCUAGAGAAAGAAAACAAAGAGCUGCGAGGAGAAUUGAGCCUAACAGGACACAGGACAGUUAAUGCAAAGGAGAGAGAGAUGAGACCCGGAAUCACGUGUGAGAUACAGCAAAGUGAGGAGGUCACAUGCAAAGGAGUCCUGCGCAGGAAUGUCUCUGCUGGAGCCAAUGACAUAAUGCAAGAACAAACAGGUGCUAAAAUGACUGUCCGUCGAUAUUCUAUGUCAUCUCUAGUCUCUGGUGUUGGCUACUACAAACACAAUGCACACAUUAAAAGACAUUCCAGCAGUGGAACGCUGAAGAUUAAUGGACCUGUACAAGCCACUGAGUCUGACAUUGGAAAUCAGCAAGCCAUAAACAAAGAAACUGCAGAGGAAAUGCCACCAGAUCUUCUAGUGACUAACAUCCCUAAGACAAGAUCAUUUCAGGAAUAUAUGCAUAAGUGCAGGGGCAGAGUAAAGGUUGUCACAUUCUUGUUACCAAUGGAUAUGCGGGCAUACGCUGAAAAUCAAAAGACCUUCCAGAAUCCAGAAAAUCAAAGAGCAAAUCACUUGAGCACGAUAAUUGAAAAGGAUCCAUGACCUGGUGAAUUUUUUAAGACCAUCUGACUCAUUCUGAUGAGUGGACAUUAAAAGGAUAGCUGGCUCUAGGGUUACAUUUUGUACACAGUACUCUGGCAGGCUGCCUUCUCAUAUGGACAAAACGAUUGCUGUGGGUCACUGGUCCUUUGUUAUUCGAAACCAGAGGCCACUGAAAAUUGUAUUACGUUGUGAACCUACAUACAGCUUUUCUUGAAUCUAACUUUUCUUCUGUUUCACCAGCUAGUUAAUUAAAUAUACCAGUUGAGCGUACAUGGCAAAAGUAGGUCAGGCCUUAUAAAUCUACAGUACAUUUCCACAUGAAGGAGAAGUUUUGAAAAUAUAAUUUUUUUUUUUUUAU